ACCAAAAGAUGGAUGACCACGAGUCUGCAGAGAGGAUAGCCGACGUUUUUGCUGAUUUUCAAUCGUAUUUCAACAAGGAACAAGAUUUAAGAGAGGAAAUCCGAUCAUCUGUUCGUGAUUUAGAACAAACAGCAAGGGAAAUUCAUGCAAUUCUGCAACAAGUACAUCAGAGAGAUGGAAGUAAAAAUGUUGCUAAUAUAUGCAAAAGCACUGACUCAUAUUUUGAAACAGCUAGAAAGCAGUUUCAGGAAUUAAGCUCCAAGGUUGCAGAAAAUCAGUAUUAUAGGUUUCAUGACCACUGGAAAUUUGCUCUUCAGAAGCUUUCUUUCUUGUCAGCUCUAGUUACCUACCUCAAAAUGGAAAAACUUAUCACAAGGGAGGAGACAGCGGGGAUGAUGGGAGUGAAACUGAAACAAGAAGAAGGUUUUCAUAUGGAUUUAGAUGACUAUUUGAUUGGUUUACUACAGAUGGCUAGUGAAUUGUCCAGGUUGGCAGUAAACUCUGUAACCGCUGGGGACUUUAACCGACCAAUGAAAAUUGCUAAUUUUGUGGCUGAACUGGAUGCUGGAUUCCGACUUUUGAAUCUUAAAAAUGAUGCUCUGCGCAAGAGGUUCGAUGGACUGAAAUAUGACUUGAAGAAGGUGGAAGAAGUUGUGUAUGACUUAUCAAUCAGAGGUCUAAAACCUGAUGAAGGGACGUGAAAUCUUCAGUUGGCACUCCAGAUUUAGUCUGAACUUGUGCAAUGUAGUGAGGACCACGAUGCAAAAGGAACACGGUUGCAUUUGUAAGCUACACCCUAAAACUGAAUUAAGAUUUGUAAAAUGGUUUAGUUUUCUUGAAUGAAAAAUUUGAUUUGGAGCUGCACACAAUACAGUGUUAUAUUUGAAUAUUUUGAGUUUCUGACUUUCAAAAUGACAGCAACUGAAUGGAGAUGAUGAUUGUGAAGUAACAACAUACAUGUACGUACAUAUACAUGUACAAAAAUUUGUUUUAGAGUAAAGUCCCUUAAGCAUUGUAAGUAGAUAUAAACAGGACUUAAAGAAUAAAGAACAGAAAUCAA